ACUUGACCCAUUCACCACCAAAAAAAAAAAAAAAACUAAAAAUGGGUAUUUGCAGUUCUUGCGAUUCAAAUCAUGCAGCCACAGCCAAGCUGAUCCUCCAAAAUGGAAGAUUACAAGAGUUUCCUUACCCUGUCAAGGUUUCUUAUGUUUUACAAGGGAAUCCCACGUGUUUUAUUUGCAACUCCGAUGAAAUGGACUUCGACGAUGUCGUAUCAGCGGUUGAAGAAGAUGAGGAGCUUCAGCCCGGUCAACUUUACUUUGCUUUGCCCUUGAGUUGGCUUAAACAUCCUCUACAACCUCAACAAAUGGGUGCAUUGGCUGUUAAAGCUAGCUCUGCUUUAAUGAAAAGUAAUAGUGGUAGUGAAAAAUGUGGGUGCAGAUGUAAGUCUGUUACUCCUUUUCCGGUUCCAGAGGAGGUUGCCUCCGUCGGCGGUGGCGAGAAGAGAGGGAGAGGAGGGAGGAGAAAGUUUAAGGCUAUAUUGAGUGACAUUCCGGAAUAGAUAGGGUUAUUUUGGCAAAAGAAGAGUGGUAUAUUUGUAAGUAAGUAAUGAUGUUGAGGGCUUGUUAGUCUAAUCAAUGGUAGAAAUGAGAGGUGGUCGACCGUCUUCUGGAUGUGUAUAACCUUCAAACUUAAAAUUCUAAUCUCCCUUUACAUUA